AGUUAUAUUAAUAUUUUUUGCUAUUUGAUUAUAUUUAAGGUUUUCCAUGGAAACGGCAAGUUACUCAGAGAUCUCUGUAUUCGACAUGGUUAAUGUUAAGUUAUUUUAUUUAAAAAGAAAAUAAAACAUAUUCCAACGUUUUCUAUUUUUCCAUGAGCCACUAUUUUAAUAGUUACCAUAAUUUCAUGUGUUGGGUAAAUCUUAUUAUGAGACCACGGAGCCCAGAAAUCAGUGUUCAUGUUAGCAUUGUGAAAAUUUUAAAAAGUACAGGUACUUAUUUAUGUACCUAACUAUUAAGUAUCUAUUGUUAAAAUUUUUAUUAUUAAGUUUUACCUAAUAUUGGUUAAAAAUAUCUGCCUACAAUUAACUCUUUUUCAAAAGAGGAUUCGCUUUUCUGGGGUUUAAAAUAUGACAGACCAACCACAGUUUUGCAUUAAAUAGGUACGUACCUAGUGUAUAGAUUUUAGUCAAAAAUUUCAUUAUUUAUUGUAUUUUUUUAUCUGAUUUGUUUAUUAUCAGGUACGUUAGAUUCUUAAGACUAACACAAUUCUCACUCAAGUGUAGAUGAAUUAUUUUGAUAACAUUAUUACUGUAAGAUUCAACGCAUUUAUUUUAAUUAGCGAGUUUUAACUGGUUUUGGCGAUAAUUUGGCCAUACUGUAGGUUCAUACGUGUAGUGUGCCUUGACACACUCAAUGUAGGACCUAUCUGUUGAGUUUCCAAUGAUCUCACUCGAGAACAACAAACAAAAUGAGACUGAUACUACUUUCUGUCAUAGUCGCGUAUUCAGUAAAAUACAAUUUAACAAAAAACUUUACGCGAUGCGAUUUGGUGAAAGAGUUGCGGUAUCAAGGUUUUCCGGAAGAGCAACUUAGAACAUGGGUUUGUCUCGUAGAAGCUGAAAGUUCCAGGCGUAGCGAUGUGAUUGGGGGACCAGACGACGACGGUUCUUAUGACUUUGGGCUCUUCCAGAUCAACGAUCGAUAUUGGUGCAGUACUGGCGUAAAUCCUGGUAAAGGAUGCAACGUGCUUUGUAAAGAUCUUUUAACAGACAACAUUACUAAAGCGUCAUUGUGUGCUAUGAAAAUCUACAAACAACAAGGAUUUUCGGCGUGGCUUGGGUGGAAGAACGAAUGCUAUAGUCAGACUUUGCCAAACCUUCGAAAAUGUAAUGUUUAAGCAACCUUCUAAAUUAAUACCAAUACUUAUGAUUUAUUUUGUUCUUAAUUGUGUUCUUUAUAGUAAAGCAGCCAGUAUAACUUCUGAAAGUCUAGUAAAUAAUGGUACAGCAGUAUUUGAGUUAUUUGUUACGAACAAAACUGAAAAACACAAAUCUUAUCUUUGUAAUAUUUUAGUUUGAGUUUUUAAAGUUAGUCAUUUAAAAGGGUAAUGAAACCUUAUCACCAAGGCAGACAGUUUAGUUUCAGUGUGAAUUAUUAAUUCUUAUCAAAGCCAUAUACCAAGACUAAAAUAAAUUAAGUGGAAAAAAUCCAAGCUGUAAAUUGCCUUAGUAAAUUUAGUAUCGACAAAAUUCAUUCAUCGAAAUAUUUGAUAGUGAUCAAAAAUUCUAAAAGUAUAGCAUAUAAGCUAUGCAUUUAAUACAAUGAUAUAUCUAUUUUAUACCUCCUUUGACCAUGAUAACGAAAAGUUAUGCGUAAUUCGGGAGUUUGAUAACAUUAAAAGAUAGUAAUAAGCGAAGCACUUUUAAUUUAUUGAUGUCUUGAAAAGUAAACACAAUAUAAUCCCAGUAAUGCUAAUGUGCAAUCUUUGUAAAAUAGAUAGGUACAUACAUUUUUUAACAAUGAAAUUGGUUAAGCAUAGAAUUCGUAAUAAUGUAAAAACCAUACAAAUUUCAUAUCUACUUUAUAAAUGAAAUGUCUUGCAUCACAUGCAGAUUUCUGCGCAAUUGUAAAGUUAUCAAAUAAAUACCAGAAGUAAGAUUCAUUGUGAAAACAUUAUGGUGUCACAACCAUCACUGGCAACGUCACAUUUACCAGUAGAUAUUUACCAUUUCUAUUGUCUAAUAUUAUUCUGAUUUCUAUGGUAUUCACGCAAGAAAAAGUAAGUAAUGAAAACAAUACAUUCAAAAGAUUUCAAACGAAU